AUGUCAAUCGACCUAAGUUCAGAUGAGAGUGACGAUUAUUUCAAAGAUGAAUUAUUAGAACCAUCUGGUAAAUUCACUCCUGAUUUCGGAUCACCCACAGUUCGUCAAGUUAGAUUGAUUUUGGAUCAUACAGCAUUUGUUCGUGGAAUAGGAAACAUCAAAAGAUGGUUUAAUGAAGAAUAUAUCACAAGAAAUACAACCAGAACAGAUGAGAUCAUCAAAUUAAACAUUUAUGUACCAUCUUAUACUUUACACGAAUUUGAUUUUGUUAAAAAGGGGACAUCCAUCACCGCUACUAAUGCUCGUGAAGCAAUUAGAUUUAUUGAUAAUUAUUUGGAGAAUGAAGUAGAGUCAAAUUCUAAAAAAAUCAUCUAUGAUCUUUCAUUAGAAUCACCACAGGAUAAAACACCAUCAUGGAAUAAAUGUUUGAAAUAUAAAGUUCAUUCCCCAAAAAUCAAAGAGUUUCCUAACUACAAAACCAAAUUUGAUUCUUCAUUGAUUGGACAAGCACCUGUUUCCGGACACCCUAGUGAUGAAAAUGAAUUGGACUUUAUUGAAAGUUUUGACAAUACUUUAUCUUUGCAACAGAACAAAAAAUUGAAUGAUAUUCAAUAUGAAAAUUCAAAUUCUUAUCAGAAUGCCGCUGCAAACUCGGAUAAUCUUGCCGAAAUGCCAGUACGUUUGAGAUACUUGAUUAGAACAUGUGUUUACAAAAGAUUCAUUGAAAAUACCAAGCCAAAAGCUACUAAUGAACUUGAAGAAUGGAAAUUGGUGACAGAAGACUCUAUUGCUAAAACCUGGGCCAAAUCAUUUGGAAUCGAUUGUGUGAAUGUUAACGAAGCUGAAUUAUUAAUUUUCCAAAAUUAUGAUGUCAAUCUGUUCAGAUUAUACAAUCCAUAUGCCAAUGAUAGAGAUAACUUUGAUCCAAGUACUAAUAUCUUGCAGAAUACUAUUGACACAACUUUGUAUUCAUAUUCAACUGCACAUCAAGAGCCACCUAAAGUGGAAUUCAAAAAAAGAGGAAGAAAAGAAAGACGUAGAAGAGAUGAUGGUAGAAGUGUUCCAUUAUCAACUGAAGCUGUUGUCCAUAGUGCCAAGAAUGAUACUGGAAGUGGAGUUAUCAAAAAGGAAAAGUUUGGAGCGAUAAAUUAUGCUCCAAGAGGACAAGGACAAUUAUGGCGACCAGGCUAA